UGAUACAGAGUAUUCAUUUAAAUUGAGGAUUUAAAUAAAAAUGUUUUAGCAUGUGAACUACGUUAAAAUGAGUGGACUACAUAGUUACGAUGAAACGUGUGUUUCAUUUUACUACAUUGACCAAUGUGCGAUAAAGGCAUCAUCGAAACACACCGAUACUUUUCCCAAUCUGCUACGAUGUCUUCAGGAAAAACUAACAGAUUCAAGACACAGAGAGUUAUACCUCGUUCGAGGUAUAAUGGCUUGGAUUGCACACAAUCAGACGGCAAACGGUAGAUGGCGCUACAACACGCCUCUGGGCAUUGUCAAAGAAAUGAUCGAAAGAAGAGUGACUGCCGUGGAAGUCUUUGCGACUUUCUUCGGAUAUGCCAAUAUAGAGCAUGAAAUAAUACGGGGUCGUGCUAAAGCCGUCAAGUACCGCGCAGGAGACCCGGACAGCGACUACCUGAAGAAUCACUCAUGGAUAAUGUUUAAAGCGGAUGGCACUUGGCAUCUGAUGCAACCAGACUGGUGCAUUCAGAAACGGAUCGGUUUUGAGCACGGAGAUGAGACAGAUAUAGAGGACUCCCAUGGAGGAAACGUUGCAUUAAAAGGCCAAAGCGCAGGAACAUUCAUCUAUGAAGUGAAUGAUUUCUGGUUCUGUACUCGCCCUAAUGUGUUUGUAAAAAGAUGUUUUCCUGAUGAUAGUCAAAUGCAAAACCCAAAUAAGAGAGGCGAGGUACUACUGAAGAUGGUAAAGGAGUUUCUCAAUGUUCCAGAUUAUCGUCAAGGAUACUUCACGUAUGGCCUGACACUCAUCAGCGAGAAAUCAUGCAAUAUUAAGUCAAAGAAUGGCAUGUGCUGCAUUUCACUUCUGGCAGACAAGAAGUUUUCUGGAAGAUUAGAUUUUGCUUAUGAAUUAACAUUACUAAGUUCAAAUGCGAAUAAUUUGAUCACCAAACAGUUGCGACGACUCGUUAUGAGCCAAGUAAAGAAUACAGAUACGUUUGUAUUUGAAAUAAGGUUGCCAGCUGUCGGGGUUUAUUUCUUCAAACUUUCAGUAGGACUUUUUGAUUCCAAAUCAUCGAAACAAAAUUGUCUUCAGUUCCGAAUCACGUGCGAUAAAGCUGUUGAAAACUGCAAGCUUUGCCCAGAGGACGGUGGACUUGGUGUGUUUGGUUUUGGACCUGAGGCAGAAGAUGCGGGGCUUAGAAGUCCAUACGUUCUUGGAGCAAAAGUAGUUGUGAAACCAGACAAGAAAUUGAAGCAAAAUGUGAUGUCAUUUCAUACCGAUGAUGACCCGAAUAAUGAACGCGAAUAUGAAGCCGUCAUGUUCGGAAAUGAUUUUGCGGACGAAGGAGCUGUAGAAGUUUCUUUUGAUGGACAAGUUGAAACGGUUUACAAUAAGGAUAAGCGAAAGGUUGAUGUAAAAGCUAAUAUCCCAAAAGAUGGCGAGUACUCAGUUGUCGUGAAGACAAAACGGAAGGGCGAGAAACAGAGCUCGAAGCCAGCUGCAUGUUAUGUUGUAACUACAAAAAACGACAAAGAAAACGAGAAAAACGAACAGCAACUGAACGAAUCCAUAAAGAAAACGAAACUAUAUAAAAAUUUGGAGAAGAAGAAAGAAAAAAUAGUGAGAGCGAGAACUUCUUUAGAAAACUUGCAUUCAGACAUAGAUUCAUUAAUGAAAGAGUUAAAUGUUUAACCGUACGACUUCAAGUUUGAAUGGGCAAAUUUGGUCAUUUUCACUCAACGCGCAUAUAGACUGUUUCAUGACAACACCUGUAACCAGUAACAUUAAUGUGUUUGCGUUUAAAAUUCUGUUGAUUUGUGUAUGUAUCGUGAAAAGGGUUAGUUUAAAAUGUGUACACCAUAUGUUUUGUAAAUUCAUGAAAUAUCUUGUUAGCAAUGUUAUUUAUAGAGUAUAGUAAGCGUCUCUUAAUGCUGUGACAUGAACAAUUGUAAAUGUUAAUAACGUUAUUUAAGAAUACAUUUGAAUAUAAGAUCUUAAUUUGCAAAGUCGAUUGACAGACUUAUAAGUCAUAAUAUCAAAACAAGAAACAUGAUGCGAAUUAUAUUCGAAAACAUAUUGAACAUUGAUGAGAAUUGCUGACAUGAUUAUACCAUUGUUUAUUGAAAUCAUGAGGGUUAUGUUUAGCAGUUAAUCAUCGAUCAAUGUGGACCUUUAACGCAUGUAGCUAAAAAGAGAACCCCGCGUUAGUCAUAAUACCUAUGCCUAUGGGCGUUUUUGUUGAUACCAAACCAGUUUCAGUUUUGGUUUCAAUAGUUUAAGCAGUGUCGAAACCGGUUUUGAAUGCAUGAUUUUGUGUACAGGUUAAACAACAUGGCGGUGCUACUCCAUGUAGCCAUUAUUUCUAAUUAUUAAUAGUACCUUUUUCAUUUAGCUCAUCAGCCCAUUGUAAGGCAUAGUUAUCAAAAAGAUUGAAUUUCAACAAACGUGGUGGAUCACUUUCCGCCAUGUUGUUUUCAAAGUAAACUAGUUUUCGGAUGGAACGAACCGAUGAAAUCGCCUCCGGUAGGGGUCUCGAUAGUUUCAAAAACCGGUUUCGGUUUUCGUCAAAAAAAGCAUAAAACUGGUUUUGGUUUUAUUUGAAUCUGUAACAACAAAUACAAAGUUCGUGAAACCGGUAUAAACCGAAACCAGUUUUUUACCAACAAACACGCCCUAUGUUUCAUACGGUUUAAAUGAGUAGUCACUAUGAUGUAAAAUCUGGCAUGUACAUACUGUAUAUAAUUCAGUAUAAAUCAAUUGCACAAUCAUGUUUAAUUGAAACAAUUAAUGUGAAGAUAACUGAUAAUUUAAGGGAUACUUUUCGUUUAAUUCAAACAGCUACUUCAACACCUACCUCCGUAAAUUGUAGGCUCGUAUUCAUAAUUAUAAGGAAAUGAUAUCCAUGAAACAGCAGUUUUGCAAAUUGCGAACACUCCUUAAAUUAAUCUCACUAAAAUAGAUAAUAAUUUGAAAGAUUGACAUCAGUGCAAAGUAGUCAUUAUUUUCUGUCAAUCGCAUACUUAUACAAGCAGGCAAUAUUGGUUUGAGCAUAUGCUACGUUUGUCAUCAUAUAUAUAUAUGGUAAA